CACCACCACCACCACCACCACUACCACCACCACCACCACUACCACCACUACCACCACCAGCAGCAGCAGCAGCAGCAGCAGCGUUUUGCCUGCAGGACCUGAUGCUCAUCCAUAUUAAACUGCCUGAGCUCAGGAAUCCGGCCAGAUCAUCUCCUCCUUCUCCUGCUGCAAAGUUUAUUUUUAACCAGCAACCACCAGAACUUGGAUGGUGCGCGGACUGCCAGCAAGAAACAUCUUUUAAACGCAACUCUCCAUCUUCCGCCCACCCUCCUCCAACUUUUUUUUUUCUUUCCUGAAAGGGGAGGGGAAACUUUUCCCCUUCCCUCCCCCCUUUACAUAUUUGAAAGUCAUUCUUGAGAGCUUUUUUUUCCCUUUAAUUUUUUUUCUAAAUGUUCGAAAAGUUGAGAUGAAGACGCCUGCUCUAAGGUUGCCCUUUAUCUGUGCUCCAUCCUUUGUGGCAUUGAGGUGUGACACUGUCCAUCAGCUCCUGUCCUCCUGGGUCCAGCUAGCGUUAGCUUUUCUUUGAGGUUGGCUGGUUCAAUUGACAGCAAGAAGAUAAAAGUAUUAGUGGUACCGUGAGUGAGGAAGAAACUGAGAUAAACAAAGACAUUAGCCUGUCACUUUUAGUGGAAGGUAACCAUUAAAGUAGAGAAUCUUGUUGUACAUCAACUGGAGAAGAUGAAGUUCCAGCAAAAAGAAUCAUCAGCCUAAACUGUAGUCCUAUGACGUCAAAGUCGCCCACCAGCUUAGAAGGUUCAGAUUUAUCUUCCAUCAAUACCAUGAUGUCAGCAGUAAUGAGUGUAGGGAAGAUUGCAGAGAAUGGCAGCAAUUCACAAGCCAUCAAAUCCCCAACAAAGUCAUCAGGACCUAAUCGGAUUGGCAGGAGGAACCAGGAAACUAAAGAGGAAAAGUCUUCCUAUACUUGUCCCUUGUGUGAAAAGAUUUGCACUACUCAGCAUCAGCUAACUAUGCACAUUCGUCAGCAUAACACAGACACUGGAGGGACAGACCAUUCCUGCAGCAUCUGUGGAAAGUCUCUGAGCUCUGCAAGCUCCCUGGAUCGCCACAUGCUGGUACAUUCUGGUGAAAGGCCUUAUAAAUGUUCUGUUUGUGGACAGUCCUUUACGACCAAUGGAAAUAUGCACAGACAUAUGAAGAUUCAUGAGAAGGAUCCCAACAGUACCACAACCACAACACCCCCAUCCCCACUGAAACGCAGGCGGAUGACCUCCAAAAGGAAACUAAGUCAGGAGGCUGACUCGGAGAAAGAAGAUCUAACACCUGCCAAAAAGGUGGUGGAGGAUUCUCAAUCAGGUGAUGCAGAGAAGAAAACAGAUGAAGUUUUUCACUGCCCAGUGUGUUUCAAAGAAUUUGUUUGCAAGUAUGGCUUGGAGACUCACAUGGAGACCCAUCCAGAUAACUCCCUGAGAUGCCACACGAGGAAUAACAGAAUAAAUGAUAACCCAUCACCACUUCUUGCAAAAAAGCAAUUUUCAAAGUGUGACAUUUGUUGCAUUACUUUUCGCACACAUCGAGGAUUGCUGCGUCAUAAUGCAGUUAUCCACAAGCAAUUUCCAAGAGACCCAACCGGAAAGCCUUUUAUUCAGAACAAUCCUUCAAUUCCUGCUGGCUUCCAUGAUUUAGGAUUCACUGACUUCUCUUGUAGGAAAUUUCCUCGCAUUUCUCAGGUCUGGUGUGAAACAAAUUUGCGAAGAUGCAUCAGUGAAUUUCAUCGUUUUAUUUGUGAGACCUGCAAUAAGGCCUUCCCCAUGCUUUCUGCACUCAGACUACACAUGCAAACCCAUAUAGUAGGAGAUCAGGGGAGUGAAAAGCACAAGUUACAGUCAAAGUCCUUGACUGAUGAGAGCCCCGACCAGAAAGCCUUCAUGGCAGCCCUGGGCCUACAGUCCACCAAAGACCUCCAGCCUACCCCCCAGGAGGAGCCCGUGCUAGAUGACAACCAAGCAAUACAGCUCGAAACCCUGAAGAGCGGCCUACCUCAGGAGCCCGGCAGCACCGGCUUGCUCGCUUUGUCCCCUCUUGGUGCAGCUUCCCUGGGGGGUUCUCUAACAGUCCUCCCUCCUACAAAGGAAAACAUGAAGCAUCUGUCCCUGCAACCCUUCCAGAAGGGAUUCAUCAUCCAGCCUGACAGUAGUAUUGUUGUCAAACCCAUUUCCAGUGAGUCUGCCAUUGAGCUGGCAGACAUCCAGCAGAUCCUGAAGAUGGCGUCCUCAGUUCCUCCCCAGAUUAGUCUUCCACCACUCUCUAAGGCUCCUGCUGCCCCCAUGCAGUCGAUUUUCAAACAUAUGCCCCCGCUGAAGCCAAAGCCCCUGGUCACUCCUCGGACGGUUGUUGCCACCUCUACCCCCCCACCCCUGAUCAGCGCCCAGCAGGCUUCACCAGGCUGUAUCAGCCCUAGCCUUCCCCCUCCACCAUUGAGGCUGAUCAAAAACUCUGUGGAAGCAACCUCCAACUCCCACCUGCUGCAGUCCAAGUCCGGGGCCAAGCUGAAUCCAUCCUCACAGCUCUUCCUGCAGCCUCGGGGAGAGGCAUCGGGUCAGCCAGAGAUGAAGACUCAGCUAGAGCAGGACAGCAUCAUCGAGGCCCUGCUGCCCUUGAACAUGGAGGCCAAAAUCAAGCAAGAAGUGACUGAGGGGGAGCUCAAGGCCAUCAUUGCUGGAGCAGCCAGCAAGAAGACCCAAGCCAUGCGCAAGGUCCUUUACCCCUGCCGCUUUUGUGACCAAGUGUUUGCCUUCUCAGGUGUCUUACGUGCUCAUGUCCGCUCCCACCUGGGUAUCUCCCCUUAUCAGUGUAACAUCUGUGACUACAUCGCUGCCGAUAAAGCCGCCCUCAUCCGGCACCUGCGCACGCACAGUGGCGAGAGACCAUACAUCUGCAAGAUCUGUCAUUAUCCCUUCACUGUGAAGGCCAAUUGUGAGCGGCACCUGAGGAAAAAGCACCUCAAAGCCACCCGGAAGGAUAUCGAGAAGAACAUCGAGUAUGUUUCCAGCAAUGCAGCUGAGAUGGUUGAUGCCUUCUGCUCCCCGGACACUGUGUGCCGCCUGUGUGGUGAGGACCUGAAGCACUACCGGGCCCUGCGUAUCCAUAUGAGAACCCACAGUGGAGGGGCCUCGGGCUGCCAGAAGGGGCGGAAGCCCUUUGAGUGCAAGGAAUGUGGCACUGCCUUCUCCACCAAGCGAAACUGUGUUCACCAUAUCCUCAAACAGCACCUUCAUGUGCAAGAGCGAGAGAUCGAGAACUAUGUCCUUGCAGUGGACUGUGGUGGGGGUCCUCGGGAAGCCCAGGCCCCAGAGGCCUCAAUGCUACUCGAGGAUGGUGGCUGUGUUGCCUAUGGGGAUCGAAAGCCCCUCACUGCCUUCCUGGAGCCCCAGAAUGGAUUCCUUCGAGGGGCUACUCAGCAGCCCCUGCCUUCCCACAUCUCCAUCAAGCUGGAACCUGCAAGCAACUUCUCGAUGGACUUCAAUGAGCCUCUUGACUUCUCACAGAAAGGAAAGGGCUUGGCCUUGGUCCAAGUGAAGCAAGAGAACUCCUCUUUCCUUGGUUCCUCUCCUUAUGACUGUUCCAUGGAACCCAUUGAUCUAUCCAUCCCCAAGAGCCUUCGGCGGGAUAAGGAUACAACAGUGCCAGGCGAAGCCAAAAAGCAAGAGCCAGGACCCAGCUCUAGCGACCAGCUCUAUGCCUGUCCGCCACCUUGCCCCACCCUGCCUGUGACUUUAGGAGCCAAUGGGAGUUUGGAGAAGCCAGCUGUGACAACAGCAGCGACUGCCACUGCCACCACCAAUCUUCCACAUCCUGCCCAGGCGCUUCAGGCCCCCCUCCACCUUGCAGUCCCUAUCAUCUCCCCGGCCCUCCUGAGCAAUUCAGCCCUGCUGCGCCCUCUUCGGCCCAAGCCACCCCCACUCUUGCCAAAGCCUCCUGUGACAAAGGAGCUGCCACCUCUGGCUUCCAUUGCCCAGAUAAUCUCAUCUGUGUCAUCAGCCCCUGCCUUGUUGAAAACCGAGGUGUCGGACCUCACACCCAAGACCACCAACAAUCCCAUCGUCUCUGACAAGCUGGGAGGCACAAAGCAGAAGGCUGCCGGCGUUGCCACCACAGGAAGCCCCAAGGAGCCCAGUGACCCGUCUCUCCAGGCCAGCAGUCCUGGUGCUACCUCUUCCAUGGAGCAGGGCCCAGCUGGUCUAUCAAAGAAGAGGGGUAGAAAGAAAGGGACCAAGAACCGGCCCAAGGCAAACAGUGGCAGUGUGGAUUUGGAGUCCAGCGGAGAGUUUGCCAGCAUUGAGAAGAUGCUGGCCACCACCGAUGCCAACAAGUUCAGUCCAUUCCUGCAGUCGGCUGAAGAUGAUGUCAAAGAGGAAGCCAUCACCGCUGACCAGAAUGUGCCUAGUGAGGAUGAGCAGGAUGGUCCUGAAGAAAAGCUCCUGAGGGGGAAGCAGAAUUCAUAUUCUACCUGCCUACAAAAGAUCAGCUGUCCCUACUGUCCCCGAGUGUUUCCAUGGGCCAGCUCCCUCCAGCGACACAUGCUCACACACACUGGUCAGAAGCCCUACCCUUGUCAAAAAUGCGACGCCUUCUUUUCUACCAAAUCUAACUGUGAACGGCACCAAUUGCGCAAACACGGAGUUGCCAACUGUUCCCUGAGAAGAAACGGGCUUAUCCCCCAGUCAAAAGAAAGUGAUGUUGGAUCUCAUGAUAGCACAGAUAGCCAGUCGGACCCAGAGAUCCCAGUUAUAGGCAAUGAAGUGCUUGACCUCACCUCAAGGGAAAAAGAGCAGCAGCAAUCAGAGGGCGCUCCUGAACACAGCCAGGAAACAAAAGGCCAUCCCACAGAAGAGGUGAAGGAGAAAAUACCCUCACCUAAGGGAAGAGAAGAGGAGGGAGGGGAGGAUCAGCAGGAUGAGGAGGAGGAGGAGGAGGAAGAGAAGGAAGCUGUGGAAGGCAAACAGGAGGAUCCCGAAGGCCCAGAGGAAGAUUCUGUCAGCAACAAAAGCCUGGACCUCAACUUUGCCAGCAAGCUGAUGGACUUCAAACUGGCUGAGAGCAACCCUGGAGUGCCUGGUGGGGGAGGCCCCUCUGAGCAGGACAAGAAGCAUGCCUGUGACAUCUGUGGCAAGAGCUUCAAGUUUCCUGGAACCCUAACGCGCCACCAGAAAGCCCACACUCACGAAGAGCAGAAGGAGGAGAAAGCCAGUGAGGAAGAGGGCAGGAGUGGUGGUGCUGAGGACUCCUCCAGCCCCUGCGCUGUGGAGCCAGCCCUCGAGCUGGAUGAAAGCCCAGUGGAUUUGAAGGUGGUGGAAUCCCCCUGGGGGGGCGAAGUCCCUGGUGGGAGGGAGAAUGAGGAGAGCGAGAGUGUCUCUGAAGGGGAGGGCGCCUCAGAGAGGAAGUCCUCUGAGAAGAGUGACGAUGACAAGAAACCAAAGACAAACGGGACAAAGAGUGUCAUCACCAAGGCCGACAAGAGGAAGAAGGUCUGCACGGUGUGCAAUAAGAGAUUCUGGUCCCUGCAAGACCUGACGAGACACAUGAGGUCCCAUACAGGGGAAAGACCCUAUAAAUGUCAGACCUGCGAGCGGACCUUCACCUUGAAGCACAGCCUGGUUCGUCAUCAGCGUAUCCAUCAGAAAGUAAAAAACACAAGGCACCAUGGGAAGGAAAGUGACAAGGAAGAUCGGGGUGAGGAUGACAGUGAGAAUGAGUCCAUCCACAGUGGCAACAAUCCACUCUCAGAAAAUGAGGGAGACUCCACUCCAAAUCUCAACAGCCAUUCCACCAUUACUCGAAGCCGGAGAGAGAGCUUGGCCAACGCAGCCAAGGAUUCGGGUCGUCAGGAGGAGAAAUCAGGUGGAAGGACGACUGGUGUUUGUCUAGCGGAGUCCAGCAAAAGUGCCCAGAAACCAGCCGCAGGGGCCAGCACAAAGGAGCAGGAGUCUCAGGGUAGCACAGAUCGUGAGAGCCCCUCGGGCUUCAUUCAGGAUCUGUUGGACAUGCACAGCAAGAGGCCUUCUGCAAACCACAUUCUUGCCUCUUCAGAUAGUGCACCCCAACUUGUGGGAAUGGAAUGACUCAGGGGAGGUGACCCAAUCACCCGUCUGUCCCCAGCACAUAGACUAAAGCCAGCAGAGCAAAAGUACUCCAGAUCUGUAGCACACUGGGCCUCCUGAGUGACUCCAGUUGUCAGGGAGUGAAAGAGAGAGGGAAAGGAAGAAAAGAAGUAUGGCAGACUGACUCCAGUGCCACAGCCCUUUCAGCAUAAUGAUGCAAGAGACUACAGGAUAUACUGAUUCCGAGUGCCUUACUACUUUAUUAAAUCUUUUGGUAUCAUUGACUUUUUUUUUUUCCAAAAUGAUUUUUAAAAAAAAAUAUUUUAAUGAAUUAUUUGGAGAGGACCUUUUUCAUUUAAGCAUUAAUGUUACCUUUUUGUAUUGGUGUGCGUGAGCCUGUUCGCUUGGAACUUUGAUAGUUGCCGUGUUUUGUUUUGUGAGCUGGAAAUGGGGAAAAGAAACCAAUGCCCUUGGAUACCACAGCUAAUAACUGGAAGAAAAUGAUGUGAAUUUCAUAUACCAGAGGAAAAUUUGGAUGAGAUGUUAAUUUCUCAGAGACAUUUUUGUACUUACUAUGUGAUGGAGCUCUAAUCUGGUUCCAGGUAUUAAGACAAGUGGUUAAUGAAGGUAUUCAAAAUUGGUUCAAGCCAAAACCAGGAAAGAUGCUAGCUUCAACCUCAUACUUGUUUCCACUCUUUUCGGCAUUAGAAAUGGUGUUAUUGUUCAAUGUUUUAAGACUUUUUUUCUGGAUUGAGCAUACAGAGAAGAGUUACCUUAGCAACUUAACCUAUGGAAAUUAUGCACAGCUGUCAUAUGUUUGAUUUUUCUUUUUUUGCUUCAAUAUAUGUAUUAUUAUUAUUAUUGUUAUUAUUAUUAUUAUUAUUAUUAUUUUAAAAUUCAUCAGUUGCUAGUCUCUGCAGUCAGCAGAAACCAAUGGGCAAUAUUUGUCCACGGAGAUCUAUGAUGCAGCUUUGGAUCCCUGUGUAAAUGUUUGAUUACAGCUUUCACUAGUUCACUAGCCCUCACAUUGCAGUUCUUCUACUGAACCUAAAUGAACCCUUCCUUCCUUAGUGACUGGAGAAAUAAAGUGGAGGCCAACUAGUAAUCACCACCAGUGUACAGGGGAACAUCUCAGCAGUGAGUGAGACAGACAGAGAGAGAGAGAAACAUACUCAUUGGAGUAUGUGUGUGCGUGCAAACAAAUGCACUCCCAUGGGGAGGUGGUAGAGGUAAUGGGAUGAGAGGGACCUCCAAGUGCAUCAGGAAAGACUGCAAACAAUUUUUGUGGAAAGAAAGGCAGUGAUGAAAUCUGUUACUCCCAAAUAAGGUAUUCAGUCUUCCAGCUCAAUGAAAUGCAAGCCUUAACCCAUUUUUGCUACUGUCCUGUUUGCAAAGCAAGGAAAUACUACUACUGGUAAUAAAUCUCCAAGUGCAGUUUGAGCUGGUGCUUGAAGAUGAACAUGUCAUUUCUGAUGCCCUCUCGAGAAUCUGAACCCCUAGAUGCAGAGAGGAAGAAUUUUCUUAGAGGUAUCACCCAUGUAGGCAGUGAAAUUCACUGCAGCCACCAACAUCGAGGGGUAGAAAAAAAUGUAUCCUACUGUAGCUGAGCUCAUGUUCAGCAUCUUUUUUUGUCCUUCAGUCGUGACCUCUAGGACAUAGAGCCAAUAGUAUUGCCAGGGCUGCCCUGUGCCGUUCCUCCACUUGAACCCCUCUUCCCCCUCUCCCACUGCAACUACAGCUGCAGCCCUUCCCACCUCUUUUUCCUUCGUUUCCUUUCUAAGAUUUCUUCCUCUUUUUGGCCUUAAACCACCCUCCCUCUUUCCCUAUGUCUGUAUAUAUGUAGACACAAACGUAUACAUCCUUUUUAAAAAUUUUUGUCCUCUAAUUCUUCACCAGUUCCUGGAGGUGGAAACUUAACUGCCCAGACUUCACAAAAGAAGAUAAAUGUUCUUGAGAUAAUGAAAAGUGAUAUGAAAAGAAAAAAGGUUGAGAUAGGCUAUUUAAAAAAAAAAAUGUAUUGGGGAUGUCUGGACCAGUUUAAAAACACGGUUUUCCUCCAGAGAAAAACAAAUCAGAACCAAUGAUUCCCUUUCCAACUUAAACAGGGCGUGAUCUCUAGAAUCGAAAUCUAAUUCACACAUCCUCCCUUCAUUUUCCUUUGCUUGCUGUUGAUGUUAUUGUUUGGGAUUUCUUGUGGGACUUUUUUUGUCGGUUUGUUUCUUUUGUGGCUCUCCACGCUAAACUGCGCAAUAUUGUGGGGGGAUAGCCAUCACUAAUGUCUGUGCUGCAGUGAGAUGUAGCAGAUCAUCGGCUCCCAGCAGUGCCGCCGGGACGACAGCUAGCAAUAAUCACUAUUGAUCUAAAGCUUUACUUAGUCUUUAUAUCCUAGUAGAUGAUAAAGUCUUGCCACAUUUUUUUUUUGACAUUUUUAUUAGUUGAAUUUGAAGAUUUGUUGCUGUUUGUUGGUCUCCCUCCCUUUCCUUCUCCCCCCACCAAUAUUAAACUGUGAAGUUUAUAAUGUGUUUAAACUAUGGGUGAAUCUUAGACUUAGUUUGCAUGUUCAGCUAAUUUGUCUCUAUACAUUUUGUUUGAUUCUUUUUUUUUUCCUCUCAGGGCUUUUACAAAAAAAAAAAAUGGAUCUUCUGAAAUUUUUUUGUGUCUGAGGUGCAAGUUUUUUUUGUUUUGUUUUGUUUUUUGAUUAAUGGACUUAAUGCUGAGAUAAUUCAAUCACUACAUUAAACACUUGACUGUGAAGCAAAGCAGAGAAAACUCUGUGGGGCUAUUUUUUCUAAUAGCUUUGGGGAGCUAUAUGACAGUCGAAUGCCAGUUUCAGAAAGAUUCAUCACAUUCUCUGACCCUUGUUUGUCUGUAUCCUCUUUCCCUCUCUUUCUUCAAGAAGGAAGUUAAUCUUAGUGAUUUCAGCCCAUGCAUUAAACAGGAAACAAUAAUAAAUGUGUAGAAUUCAUAUUUUUCUAAAGGGAACUUAAAACUGCUGCUACAAGUUGUGUACAAAACUGGUCUAUGCCACAUGAACAGAGAAUCACAAGUUUUGGUACUUUUUAUUCCUCUUUUUAUUUAGUUGUACAGUACUUCCAAAUUCAGAAUGAAAGUUAAGCUGUUCUGUAUUGAACCAUCUAAGCAAUAAAAUGUUAUAUUUAAAAAUUACAGGUUACCAGAUUCAUGAGACUCUUCUUGAAAGUUUGCCCUAAUUAGGCCACCUGCUCUUUUAUGUUCUAAGCCUUAGCCUGCAGUGGAGAAUUGCAGUGGGCUCUGGGAGAGACUGACGUGGCCGUUCCCAUGUCCAAGGUUCCUCAACUGUAGGGCCCCAUACUUAAAUUGGAGCCCAAAAGUUGCUCCAUCCAAGUCUGUGGGGUCUUUCUUAGGUAGGAUUGUCUGGCUUUUGCCCAAAUAGCUUCCAUUGGUUGUGGUCUUGGCUGGAGCCCUCAAAGCUUCUCUAUGGAAUUGUUGUAUGUCAUUGGAACAAUGAGAUGAAACCCUUAGUCCCAGAAUCACUGGAAAUAAAAUUGACUACAAUCUCUACCCUCAAAGAACUUAGAGGUAUUAAGAAAAUAAAAUUACAUUAGUAAGUAACUUGUGACCAAGAACUGAAGUUCAAUAUUGGAAGCUUUUCACAUAGUCACACAGGCUCUUAUCCAUCCCCAUCCAAUGUUUACCCAGAGAACAUCAAAGUUUGACUACGUAUCUUUGCAGAAAAGUAAAAGGCCCUCAGCUCUCCUACAACCAUUUGGACUAUCAAAUAAAGGAUAAGUUUUAUUUCACCCAAGAGAAAAUACAAAACCAUAAACCUAAAUCCUUAGACCUUUCUUCACUGGUGUCAAUCCCUCUGCCAUCUCCCCCCACCUCCAACAAGCCUAUCCAGUGAGAUACUCCCAUCCGGGAAGUGAUUUAGAGUCACUAUAGUUGACUUGCCUGGGUCUGCACAGUCCCACCUCUUUGAGACACAGCAAGGAAGGGUAUGGUCCAGACAAUCUUCUGUAUUGUGCUUAUCUCUUUUUUGCUAAUUAGUAAACUCCCAGGACAUCAUGAUUUCCAGUCUUGUUCUACAGGUAGCCAAUUGAACUUCAUACUAUUCUCUAUUCCCUAAUCCUUUUCUCCUGGUCCUCUCAAUGGUCACACCUGGCUAACCUUGACUUAACCUCAUCCACCUCUGGUGCUCCUCGUUCUGCUGAAUGAAACUGGUCUCAAUGAAAUCAUGAAAUAACAAAUUGCGCUGCAAAUAUGUUGUCUAAUCUGAACUUGGCAAGGAAAUGUUUUUACUCCUUCUAUAUGAGACUCUAUCUUACGCCACCACUGAGGGUUUCUGUUCCUUACCUCCCCUAGUUCAUGCUUUAUUGAGAAAAGAGAUGUUGGCUAUAAGCAGUUAAUUUUCUCCUCCCACCAUCUCCUCCUCUACGCUAGCAUCCAAUGAAACAGUGGCCCUUUUGGCCAAGACCAACCCCUCAACAGGUACACCUCAUCCCAUCCUUUGCAGACUUCCCCACAAUCUAUCCUCUGGUAUUCUUUUUAAUCUCUUGCUGUGGAUUCCUACAGGCUACCAACAUUCCCAAAUCUUUCCCAUCUGUUUGCUGUAAAGUACUCCUGUUUUCUUCAUCUCAAAACCUCUUAACAUCUCCCACUUUUCCCUUAGUCCCAAGAGUUGGCCCCUUGUCAUGCCAAAAUCAUCCUUGCAUAUGCACUUGAUUUCAUCCUCUCUUUCGUCCAGCAGAUAACAUCUUCAAUCAUCUCCCAUUCUAAUGAAUCUUCAUUGCUUCCUAUCAACUUUCCCCCCAUUAUUGCCUUCAAACAUGCCCAAGUCUCCAUCCUUUAAGGCAAGGCUUUUUAAACUUUUUCCACUCGUAACUCCUUUGCCUUUCAGGAGUGUUAGUUGGCCUGGUGUGACGGCAUGCUCAGUGUGCACAUUUCACACAGGCAAGUGCUGCCAGAAACCACCUCGGAUUCAUUGCACAUUUAAUUUUUAAUUUUUGGUCAUUGUGCAUUAAGAAAUCUUUUACUGUUGCCAGUUUUUUUCCCGAUCCUAUAUGGGAUCACAGCCCAUAGUUUAAAAAAUGUUGCUUUAGGGAACCUUAUCAUCCCUUAAAACUGCCAUUCAAUAUAUCUCUGCCCUGUCUCAAACUCCUAAAACAAGCUAUUUAUCCUUAACUGCUUCCUCUUAGUACCUCUGCUUUACUCACCAGUCCUUUGCCAUCUGGCUUUCAGCCUCAUCAAUCAACUGAAACUACUUUCAUAAUUGCCAAACCUGAUGUACUUUCUUAGUCUUCAUCAUUCUUGACCUGUCUCAUACAUUUGAUACUUGACCAACUUUUCCUAGAUAAUCUGUCUGCAUUUUCAUGACUCUAUUCUAGUUUCCCUGUCCUAGUACCUGUCCCAUUAUUUCUCCUUUGUUGAUUCAUCUAUAUUAUGCUCCCUAACUGAAUGUUGCUCUAGGCCCUUUUCUCUAUGCUAUCUCAUACUUGAUAACCCCAUCAGCUCUCAUAAGUUUAACUAUCAAUAUCUAAGCAUUUGGCUCCCAGAUUUAUCCAGCCCUAGUUUCUCCCUUGAUUUUUAGUACCACACCAAUCAGUUGCCUAUUGGGCACUUCAAAACACAACUCGUUCUGUUUCCCCCUAAGCCCUCCCUCUUCAGGCUUCCAUAUUUCUGUCAAAGGCACCACCAUCCUUCCAGUCUUCCAAGUUUAUACCUUCAGUAUUUCCUUGGACUCCUCACUCUCAUGCUGUGAUCUUGCUGUUUGUAAUUUAAGCCCUUCUAUCCGCACAGAAGUACUGCCUCUUCCUAAUUGUUAAACUCUAGUUUGUAAAGCCUUACAUAUCCUGAUCCCAAGCCUAUCUUACUAGACUCAUUGGAUGUUACUCCCCUUUCCACACUCUGUGACCCACCCAAAUCCCGGUUCCUCACUGAUUCCAUUUCCUUAGUAUGUUUUCACUGGUUCCCUAUGCAUUGGAUGCAGCCCUUCCUUACCUAGACAACCUCUUAGGUUCUAGGACACCAACCAAGCACUACUUAACUAAAUGAAGAAUUUACUGAGCCCCACAACUGCCAGUGCCUUCCUUCCCUAACCAUGUGCUUAAUUAUUUUGUAUAUAUGUGUAUUAGCUAUGCUGUGUAUUUUUAUGUAGAUACUUUUGUCCCCCAUUAAAAUAUAAGCCCCUUAUGGGUAGAGAUCCUUUUAUUCUUUGUGCAUAAAUCCUCAGCAUUUGGCACACUUGCUUGAUUCAAAGAACACUCAUUGCACCCUUUAGUUCUUGUCCAGUAUUUCUCCUUCUUUCACAGGCAAACACAGGUUGCCUAUGCUCCUUCCCUCCACUUUGCAGCCCUGACAUCUUGCUUCUGAUCUUAUUACUCUGUUGCAACUAUUCUCUACAACAUUACCAAUGACCUUUUAUUUGUCAUAUGUUUGCUCAGUUCUGACUCUUGCAGGCUUAAGUGCUACAUUUGGCACUGUUGGCCAUCACAUCUUAAUCUCAAGACACUAUUCUCCCCUGGUUCCCCUCUUACCUGAGCGCUCCUCAUUCUCCUUUCCUAGGUCAUCACCCAUAUCCUAUCCACUGUACUUCACCAGUUGCGUCCCCAGGUGGUGUUUUCACCUUCAUAACAGCUCUGCCUCCUCCCCCUUUUCUCCACUCAGUCACCUUCUUAGUUCCAGCACUUCUCAUCUAUGCCUCAUCUUUUAUCACUCUAAUCCAUCCUCACAGCUGUUAAAGCAAUUCCUAAGGCUCUUUGACCAUGUCUUUACUUAAACUCGGAUGUCUUUAUGAUCAAAUAUAAAGUGUUUGACUUUUAAGUUCAUAGAUACCCUUGGCCCAACUUUGCUUUCUAAUCUUUUGUUACUCUCCUUGCACUCCCAAGUUCAUUCAGAGGGGCCUUCUAUACCUCUUUGUGCCUUUACACAUUCUGUUGCCCCAUACCCUACAUGCAUCUCCCUUGGCCUCUUAGAAUCUGUUGUUUAAAAACUGCUCCUGCACCACCUUCAAUGUGAGACUUUCCUACCCUUGAAGACUACCUAGUAUUUAUUUUAUGUGUGUUUCGCAUGUACGUGUUGUCUCCCCAGAUAGAAGGUGAUGUUGAAGCCCAGGACACUCAUUUAUGUCUUUGUAUCUCCAGAGCCUGACACAUAUUAGCCCUUAAUAAACGCUUGUUGGUUGAUGGAAA